AUGGAAGGAUCAAACACUUCAGAUUAAACAACUCAGUCACCUAAAAAUCCUUAUAUAAAAACUGGAAUCGACUACCCCACAUGGAAAUUAUUUUCUACUCCUAACACAUUUACUAUUACUCCAUCAACUUAAUACUCAGAAUAGAGAUCAUUGAUUGUUGACAAGAAGUCUUUAAAGAUAAAAGAGCAUGCAAUUGUUGUGAGAGAAGAUGCUGAAUGGACUAUGGAUAUACAGGGGCUUCUUGGUAUCUUGAAUAUCUUGGGAGUUGAACAUAUAAUGGUUAUUACUGGAAGAGAGGAGGUGUGUAAGAUACCCCAUAAGCUUUAACCUAGAUAUGAUUAACCCUCUGUUAUAUUUGAGCUCUAAGAAGUAGAGUUAAUACCUUUUGAAAAUCAAAGUAGUCCAUAAUUAGAAUAUUAGCUAAGAUCAAUAAGAGAUGGAAUUAAAAAGUUCCUUGAAGUUGGGUUUUACCUAUCAUAUAGAUUGGAUUUGACUUCGAAUACACAAAGAAGAGAUAACUUUACAUAACCAAAAGAUGGAUAAGUAUAGGUAGAUCUAAGCACAAUUCAUCCAUACAUUUCCUUAGAUUAUAGAUAUAUGUGGAAUUAUAACCUGUUCAAGUAGCUAAGAUCUUAGCACAUUCCUGCAUAUUGGAUUGUACCCUUAGUUUAAGGAUAUGUUGGCCAUUCCAAAAUCAAUGAUUUAGAACUUGUUUUAAUUGCAAGAAGAAGAUGGUUGAUGGGAGGAACUAGAUACAACUCUAGAGGAAUUGAUGAAGAGGGAAACACAGCCAACUGUGUUGAAUCUGAGUAAAUAAUAAUGAGGCAUGUUCCACAGAAUACCCAUGAUAGGAUUUAUACCUAUUCAUUUAGCUAAAUCAGAGGAUCUAUUCCAUUUUUUUGGCAGCAACCAACUGGAAAAAUAGAAAUCCAUCGUAGUCUUGAGUCAAGUACGAAUGCUUUUACCUAGCAUGCUGAAAAUUUAAUGAAAGAUUAUGAGGGAAAUUCAAUUCUUAUGGUUAAUUUGUUAUGUAAAAGUAUCAAAGAUGAGGAAAUGCUAACAUAGGGUUUAUUAAAACUUAAAGAUUAGACAAAGGAUUAGUUUGAGGCUUAAAAUAAAAAGAUAGACUAUGAGUAUUUUGAUUUUCAUUACAAUUACUGUCUUGAUAGAACAAAUGUAUUCCAAUCAAAGAUUUGCUUUAAAGUAUUUGAAGACUUAUUAAAGUAAAAAUUCUCUUCUGACAAUUAAAUUGGAGUUUUGUUGACAAAUAUGUGGGCUUUUUGUGGCGAUUUUAUUUCAAAAAUAUAUGCUGGUACUCAUUCAGUCUUGACUCAGGUCACAUUAAAAGGCAAAGAAAAUAUAUAUGAUAAGAUAGAUCAUGGAGUGACAUCAGUCAGAAGAUUUUUGAAAUAAAAUUUAUCAGAUGAUUUUAAAUAAGAAUGUAUUUUAGUCUUGUAAGGCUAACAUGAACUUUGCAAUUCAAUUCCAACAAAUUUUGUAGAGAGUGUCGUGAUUAAGGAAAUAGAUUAAUUUUCAGAAAAUCAAAAAAUCAUACUUCAUAUCACAACCUUAAAUUGUGCAGGAAAAUCUCCAGAAAAAUAUCAAGAACUAAUCCCUAUAUUCAAACCAUAAUUUGAUGGAGUUACACCUAUCUUUUAGGGGAAAAAUAAGUCUAAGAUGAAUGAGUGGGAAUAAAUUUUAAGAAAUGCUAUUGAAGCUGCUAGUACGAAUAUCUAAGAUCCAGACGAAAGAUAUGUAUGGGUCAUAGCUAAAGCCAUGGUAGGAUGCUUUAUAGGCUUAUUUGUGAAAUAAAAACUUCUAUCAAGAAUAAAGGACUUAAAAACAACUAAGAUUAAGACAGGUCUUGGAGGAUCAGCUGGAAAUAAAGGAGCUGUUAUUGUAAGAUUUAGCUUAGAUGAUACAAGUAUCCUUCUGAUGAACUGUCAUUUAAUGUCUGGAAAAAAUAAAGGCAGCAAGAGAACAGAUGAGCUCAACUUUAUAUUUGAUAAUGCAUUUAAAAAUGAGUCUAAAAAUAGAGUAAGCAAAUGUCAUGAAUAAUCUAAUCUAUAGAAAUUUUGUAUUGAAAAUCAUAAUAUGGUGUUCAUAUUUGGCGAUUUGAAUUACAGAAUAUGCCUCCCUAAUGAUUAGGUUAGAGGUGCAAUUUAAAAUAAGGACUAUCCAAAACUUAAAGAAGCAGAUGAACUCCUCUAAGCUUUUAAACAAUACUAGAACACAAAAGAACUUCAAUUUUAAUUCUAUAGAGAUUAUGAUGAAGGUGAGAUUGACUUUUAGCCAACAUAUAAAUACGAUAAGAAAUCCUAGAAGUACGACACUAGCAAAAAAUAAAGAGUUCCAUCGUGGUGUGAUAGAAUUUUAUGGAAGAAAAAUAAUAAGGUUACUCAAUAAGUCUUAGGUUGCUUUUAAGAUAUAGUAUUUUCAGAUCAUAGACCUGUUUUUGCUCAAUUUGAGCUCUAUGUAAAUAAAAUAAUGAGUGAUUUGACUAACAAAAUGGAGGAAAAGUUCUAUGAAAAUAUGAGAUUUUAGAGUCUUCAUGCACUUGGCAAAAAUAGAAUGUCUAAUACUUCAAGUUAAACAAAUAAAACUAACAAAUCUGAGGAAUAGAAAAAUGAUGAUGGAACAGAUAGAGAUCCUUUAGACAAUUUAGAUGAGCAGCUCAGUAGAUAUAGUUCAAAUACAGAUUAAAGAAGAUCCGAAAAUCCUUUAAUUCCCCUUAUCGAAGAAGGAGAUGAAGAAGAAAUGGAUCCCUAAAUGAUAUAUGGACUUAAUAUUCAUGAUAAGGGGGAUAUGACUGAUAAAAGUUCAAGCCUCUAGUCAUAAUCUGAUUCUUCAUAGAUUCAACAGCAAUAAAAUGUAUCAGAAUUAAAAGAAGAUGACAUGGCUUUCGAUGAUAGUGGUUCAAAAUCUAUGAUAGAAAGUAACGGGCAGCAAAAGUUUCAAAAUCAUUCAAAUUUCUGA